AAUCGGCCACCACAGACGCUGGGUUCAAGUGAUUAGGAUUUUGCAUUUAACGCCAUCCUGCAGUGAAAACAAUAACUGAUUGAAAGUAAAGAAUAUAAACUAAACUACUGGGUUUACUCAACUGGAUUAAACUGACAUAAUUUUUAUAAUUUUUUACCAUUUACUUAAAAUAAGUACAUAUAUAGUCUCCCUAACAAGACGAGACAGUAAACGUAAACAAAACUUGACUACUGUGAUUGCAACUAUUGGUUGGCGAUUAGUAACACUUGAAUGAGAAAGAGACGGAGGUAAACGAACCCGGGCUAUAUUUGCAUAUUGGCGUUGCACAACAAAUCCUAACCACUUGAUUAAAGCGCUUUAAGAAUCUUACUCUUUCUACGGGAGUUUCUAAAACUGUAUAUAACUUGUAUACAACACUAAGUAUGAGUCAUGACGUCAGUAAUCCACUAACUAUAAUCACAAGUUGUGGUUGUUGAUCAUCUGUCUGGUACCGUUACCACAAUAUAGUACUACAUUUCCUCUCUGGUAUUACAUAUUACAUAGUACACAAUAAUAAGAAAGUAUCUCCAAGUGAAAUCAGUGAUUUUAAAUGUCUCAGAAAUGAUUAAGUUUUGAAAAAUAAUUCAAAUGUAAAAAUUAAAAAAAUUGUAAUAGUUUCUGAUCUCUUACAUGGAUCUUCUACAUUUAAUCACAGGAACAAUUGCCACAAUUGACUCAACAAUAGCUAUGUGGCUCACAAAAGCAACAGACACAUGAUGUACAAUGACAGUCAUCUAGACAAUCAUAACAGAUAUUGUUUAUACUUUACUGGAGUCAGAAUGAAAUUCUAUUUAGAAAUAUGAAACGGUAAUUUGUACUUUAUUUUUGUGUAUUUCUAUGUAGGAAAUUGCUAUAGCUUUAAGAAAAAAUAGUUCUGAAAAAAAACACUUAUGGAAGCUUUGCAUUAAAUGUAUUUGGACCAAAUACAUACUACUAAGAACUAGCCAUAACAGAGAACAAGUAGGUAGAAAAAUUAUAUGGAAACAAAUAUCUUUAAACUCAUUUCUCCUAAAAAUUUUUUAGCGAUUAUUCUACAUUAAUGUUCCUUAAAUAUUGCUGAUCUAAAACAGGAACAGUAAAGAAAAGUAGCUUUGCGAUGAAAUAAAAAUUCAUUUAUGUUUUUUGUACAAGAUAUAUGUAUCUUUCAUAAAAUAAAUGUUGUUAUUUUGCAGAUUAUUAUGACUUUAAUUAGAACAAUUUUUUAUUAUUAAUACAAAUAUUUUAUUUAUAUUAUAAUAAUAUUGUACUAAUAAUAUAAAAUCGAUUAUUACGUAAGUAAUAAUUUUAAUGAAAAAUAUUUUGGAUAAAAAUUGGGUGGUUUCAAGGAAAAAAUAAUUUGAUGUGAUUAUUUUUUUAUAAAAGAAUGCAUAGAGAACACAUGAAAGUUAAAAUAGUUUUUUCUGAGAAAUAGAACUAUAUAUCUUUUUUACACAUAUCGAUUUGGCGGAACAUUCUACGUCAAAACUUAUUAAAAUAUAACAUUAAAGAAAUCAAUGAUUAAAUUAAAAAAUGAAAUAUUUGAUAUAAAAAUCUGAAAUAACGCACGAAUUAUUGAUUUUGUUGACAUUGCAUUUUUAUGCUUUGCUACAGAACUUAACCCAAACAUAUCCAAAAUUGUAGAAGUACAAUAUAUAAUGUCGAAAAUAUCUUUGCGAAUUUGUCAAAGUCACGAUAUGACAUAAUGAUAUGACGUUAUUUUUUAAUAGUUUAUAAUUAAAAAGUCGCUUAGUUUCGAAUUGUAUAUAAUAGUACAACUCUUCAAGAAUGGAGAAAGCCUCUGCCACUUGCUGUGUGAUUUCUUAAAAUUGUAAAAAUUAACUUUUAUGAAGUUGUGUGUUUAUGUGACAAAUAGCUUUUUGCAAAAACUAAUAAAUAUUUGGGAAUGAAAUAUGGUACACUUUUUAAGGAUGAUAAAAGCUACAUUUAUAUAAAGUUUCGACUUCGUAUAUUCAAUUUUACACGAAUAAUUGACAUUUGAAAAAAGUGCGUUUUUGAACGGUUUUUAUUUGCUUACAGCUCAACGAGCUAACCAAUCUUAACGUUCGAUAUCUCAUUUGAUAGAUAUUUUUAAUAUCUACGACUUUUAUUGUAAACUUUUUGGGGAUCGAUUAUUACGUUUAUUGUUACAUGCAAAAAAUGUGUUUUCAGCAACUUUGAAGAUUGUUUACAGAAUCUGUGCAAGAAAUUUUGAGUGGCAGACGUAUCGGAUCUGUUUCUGAAUAUGAUUUUAACAAAUUCGCAUAAUAAAAUUUCAGAUACGAUUUUUUGCCAAAUUUGGACCAUUUUGGGGCUAAUUUGGCUGAAUUAGUAAAGUUUCAACUUGAAGAUAAAAAAUAAGAUAAGAACAUAAAAAGUUAACGAAGUCAUUGCAUAAAUAUUUGAAUGCGAAUAUAAUAAGAAGUAAUAUAAAAUAAUAAUGUUUUCUCAGGUUAUAUGUUAAUAGAUAAUUAAAAUUGUAAAUAUCUAUUUUACAAUAUACAUAGUUUGUACGUAAAAAAUACAUACAUAUAUAUUGUGUAAUUUAUAUCACAUACACUUAGUAAUGCGUACAUUAUUUCAGUAUAUUUGUUUUUAUUAAUCUCACUGUGACUUCAUACUACAUAUAUGUAAAAUACGCACAUAGAAUAUAUGAUCUGCAUGGACGACCAUAUAUACAUAUAUAUUUUUUUUCGAACAUGAUAUGUAAACAACAUGAAAUGUAAAUUUUUUGAUAAUUAAUCGCGCUUUGAAAUGUACACACUUUUACAUGGGUUGUACAAGUAUCUUGUGCAAAAAGAUGAAUAUUUUAUAUUAAUAUUAGGCCUCGAUAAUGCAGGGAAAACGACAUAUUUAGAGGCGGCGAAAACAAAAUUUACAAAGAAUUACAAAGGUAUGAAUCCUUGCAAAAUUACAACAACCGUUGGUUUAAAUAUUGGAAAAAUUGAUAUAGCUGGUGUUCGUUUUAACUUCUGGGAUCUUGGUGGACAAGAGGAACUUCGAUCACUGUGGGAUAAGUAUUAUGCAGAAUCACAUGCUGUCAUUUACAUAGUUGAUUCAUCAGAUCGAGAAAAGAUACCUGAAUCUAAAGAAACUUUUGAUAGAGUUAUAUCGUCAGAACACUUAAUAGGUGUACCACUUUUAGUCCUAGCUAAUAAGCAGGAUGUGCCUGAUUGUAUGGGUGUUAGAGAAGUAAAACCAAUUUUUAAUCAAAAUGCACACCUAAUAGGUAGAAGAGAUUGUAUGGUGAUGCCUGUUUCUGCUUUGAAUGGUUUCUAGUGUAAUGACAUAAAUGACUAAUUGAUAAAUGAAUAAAAUAUGAAUUACAAAGAAAAUUGCUUAAAAAGAAUAAUUACUUUAAGUUGAAUGCAACAAAUCUUAUGUUAAGUAAAAAAAAUACUUCAUAACAUGAUAUCAUGUCAAUUUUCUAUUUUAGUUGUAAAUUGUUUAUUUCUGUAAUGAUUUACUAAAAUUACAAUUAAAAUAGUAAUUAUUUUCUAAUUUUUUAAUCAAUAGUAUUUGAGUUUAAAUAUUAUUUUUAUACAUAUAAUUACAUAAGAUUUAAUGAAAACAUAAAACAUUUUUAAUGUAAAUAAUAAAUUAUCAAUCAAAUUAUACUGUAUAAUUUUGAAUAU